UGCUUGUAUGUACUAUUGUAUUUCCUUCAUCCGAAAAUACUUGUCGUAGAGAUGGAUGUAUCUAGGAGUAGAAUUAUAUCGUAAACAUGAGAGAUUGAGAGCCAACUUUACUUGGGCACGUGAAUCAACGUGUCUGUUUUCAGUUACGUUCUGAAGAACAAGAGCUCUCCUCGAUCUCUCUUGCCUCCGUCUUUUGACACCGUCCUGCGUCGAUCCUCUUAACCGCCUCAAAAUUAGGAAGCUCUCACCUCUGCACAAAGAACGGACAUACGCGCAGCUCAGCUCAGGCCACGUGUGCACUGCGGCAGUUGCACGAUGAAGUUGGUGGUUGCGCUCCUCGCCGCCGCACUGUCCCUGUCCGUUCCGCUCGCCGACGAAGUGGGCCCCCGCGCCAACCUUACCGAGAUCCUGACGCCAGAACGGCCCUUCCAGACCUUCCUCAGGUACCUCAAUCAGACCAACCUCGUGGAGGUGUUCGAGAACCAGGCCUACCGGACUCACCACGGCAUCACCAUCUUCGCCCCCGCCGACAGGGCCUUCGCCGCCGUCCACCCGUCGGUGCUGUCGGGUCUGAAGAAGCACCAGCUCAAGAACCUGAUGAUGUACCACGCGCUGGCCAAGCACUACGCGCUCAAGGAGUUCGACGGCCUGAGCCGGGUCGGCCCGGUGACGACGCUCGCCGGCGGGCUGUACAUGGUGAACGUGACUUGCGACGCGGGGGCCAUCCGCGUGCUGUGCAGUGAAUUGCUCUACUGA